AUGUGUCAGUAGAUCUUUUAUAGGAUUGCGUGUUUUACCUUUUCUCUUUUGUUGCAGGUCAUAAUUUGUGAGGUUUGCUUUUUUAAAAAAAAAAAAAAAAAUCUUUGCAGCGUAUCAGCUUUUCAGCAUCCAUCCUCAAUACGGCCAGCGAGGGAGGAUGGAAUUUGUAGCAGAAAUAAAAAGAUGCAUUUUUUAGCGUAAUAUGUAUUUAGCUUACGUCCUUAAAGCUCCAUACUACUUCCAUCACACUUCUUGGAAAGGCGUCCCGCCGCCAGCGUUCAGCAGAAAAGCAGAGGAAGCGGCGUUUCGAUUACGAAUACCAAAGCCAUCACUUUCUUGUGCCCUUUCCUCCCACGAAUGUUGUGAGAGGGAAGAACCCCCCGCUGCUGCCCGCCCCUUCCAACCCCUCCGGCGCGGUGCUGAGCGGUGCUGAGCGGCUCCGGCAGAGCCAGGAGGUUUUUCAGACUGAGCUGUCUUUGCAUUGACUCGCUUACUGAGAGUGAUCGCUCUCUGUUUCUGCGAUGAAUGAAGGUUCAGAAGAUUCGUGAGUACAAGUUGUGACUGUCUGCAGUUUGGAAGAUUACCUCUGCAUCCACUUUCAACCUGACAAAACCUGCAUGUGAUUUAUGGGAUGGUGGCACACUUGUAAUGAAUUGGAGAGAAUAAGAGAGGGAGAGGAGCUACACAUCUUGCUGUCAUUCUGGAAUAUUGCUUGGAAUGCAAUAGCCUACUUCAGCCUGCUGCUGUUUUGUAUCGCAGGAAGUUUCUAAUCAUAAAUCUCAGGCAGGUGUCUUACAACAGUAAGUAUGUCUUCUCAAAUUGCAAGUUUUAUGUAGUAAAACCAAAGAAAGGGAAUGCUAAAAGAGAUUACUUUGGACAGCUCUCCGUGAAAUAUCUCUUUUAAGUAUGUGUCCUAUUUGUAUAUUCACGUUCAGGUAAGUGUCUGAAUAAGGACAUCUGUCUUGGCUGAGCUCAGGUUAUCAUGCCUCUAAGCUGUCUGUCUUGUCAGCAAAACUGAGGCACGGUUUUAGGAUUGGCUCUGCACUUGGUUGUUAACCUGCUGUUCAGACGAAUCUCAGAAGAGAUACUCCACACUGGUUUUAUUUAGUAAAGUUUCGCGUUUGUCUUUGAAAGAACAAUUGAAAAUGAGUUUCUUUAUCUUCUGCCCCUAGAUGGGAACAUGAACACUGUCAACUGGUACUUAUCUGUUCUGUAGGUGAAAACGUGAGGCAAAAUUGUAGACCUCAUUGUUUUCCAACAGGAUAAAAUUAGACACCAAGAUGUCUGAUCCAUCCACAUUCUGCUGUUCUGCUGAAGUGCAAGGGAAGAUUCUGUUAGCUGUGUUUCUUUAAGGUCCAGUCCUGCGAAGAUCAUACUGUUUGUGGAGAAGAAAAAGCACUGUCCUGCUCACUGGUAGGUGUUCACUGGCUUGGGAUCUAAGUCUAGAUGUUUCUAUAUGAUUGUCAGUUUACUCAGGAAUACAAAGGGCCUCUAGUGAACAUGAAAAUGGAGGGAGAAGACCGUGCAUUGCUUUCUGAAUUUGGAAUAAAACUUGCCAAAGAAAAUAUAGAUAUGUUGCCUGGCACAUAAAAAUACCUGGUAGAAUAAAAAUGAGUAACUUCCCAGUUGGAAGGCCUUCUUCAGUAACAGGCAUUAGUAAUACUGCUGUCAGUGCUCAGAGUGGUCUAUUUCACUGCAAUUGUGAUGAUCUGUGAAUCUGUUUUUCUUAGGCUUUCAGAACCAAGAAAAAAUCACUUUUUUUUUUUUUUUUUUUUUUUUUUCUGGAGAAGUGAGAAUUAACUCAAGGAAAUGACUCUGAUGAUAUUUUUAGUAAUGUUUAUCACCGAAUCUGCCACGGGUAAGUAUAAAUCCUCAUUUCAACCAUAGAACCUUUAAAAUAUUUGCCAAAUAUAUGACACCUUCUUGACAGUUGCUCAGAGUGGUGAAACUUUAGACCAGUUCCAGACUUGGAAAAUUUGGUCCAAAGUAACAAAAUUAUUAAAUAAAUAGAACCGAGUUGCUAUGUGGAAACACCUGAUUAUGUUGUAUGGGAACAUGGCUAUAUGGAGAGCCACAGCAAGAAAAAUGGUGAUCACGAUUCUUUUCGUGACAUUCAGAAGCGUAGUCAGAAUGGUUGCUAAAGAGAGAUAAUCUCUAGGACAAAGAGACUGAAGGCAUAUUUUGUUCUUGAAUAUUUGCACUAGACCAUGUUUCCUUUUCUGUAUUUUAUGACUUCCACGUGUAAAGGUACGUUUAGAAAAUUUGAUUAAAAAAGCAGACUUUGAGGCUAAAUUUUUCACAUAGAACCUUGUUCCAAGGGAAAUUUUCUAAAAAUAUAUGAAGUUUUUAAGAAAUCUUACCAUGUAACGAUUUAGUUUUAAUUAAGAAGAAAAUGUACAUGUUAAUUCAUAGGAUCUCCGCUUUUAUGGCAGUUGAUCAGUUCUGAGGAUUAGCCACCUUUGUCAAGUCAAUACAUUUUCCUUCCCCCUUCCAUUUGUGACAGCUGCUUUUUUAUAAAGUUCUACUGACUGUGCUCAUUGGAUUAGUACACUUAUGGACCCACAUGAAAGAAUCUUAUGGAAAUGUCCAUUUUUUAUCUUUCUAUACCUUCUAGUUUUGCUUGGGUAAGGUAGAAUGAAAACUUGGACAACUGAGUUCUCAGACUGAAAUAAAUUUUGCUGGAACAAAUAAAUACUGCCAAACUACUCUGCUAAAAGAAAGUAACUUUAUAAAAGACCUGCUACACAGCAAGUCACUUUAAAGUCAGGCUAAUGGCAUUUUAUGAAAGAGUAUCGAGCCUUCUUUUCCUUUUUUUUUUUUUUUUUUUUUUUUUUUUUUCUGAAGAGAAGCUGUGUCCCCUUCGUGCCUCCAUUGAUGUACUAGAAGGGGAAUAUUUUUUCCUUUGUUUCCCUGAGUCGAUGCUACGUUUUGAGACAGAAGGAUACACAAUAAACUGGUACAAAGAAAAUGCUGGAAGGCAGAAGCUGAUAAAGGAAACACAGAGAAUUAUUUCCCAAAUGAAUUUUCUGGAGUUUUGGCCAGCUGAACUCAGUGACUCUGGGAAUUACUCUGUCACUCACAGCAAUGGAAGACAAAAUUUCACAAUUCAGAAGUGGACCUUGAAUGUGCUUGAAAGGAAUAAAAGCAGCUGUUUCAACAAAAAUCAUUUGACAACCGAAAUUCAAAAUGCUGGGACAGGUCAUUCACUGAAAUGCAGUGAUUUGUCUGUCAAUGAAAAUGACAGUGUAACAUGGUACAAGGACUGUAAGAACUAUGAAAAUGAAACAGAACGGGAACUGGAUUUUAAAACCUUAACAGUUCAGCACUCUGGUAUAUAUACCUGUAAAAUUUUGAUCAGUCAUAAUGGAAGGAUAUACCACAGCACAAGUACAAUUAAGCUGGUAGUAGAAGAAGAUGCACCAGAGGCUGUCACUUUGGAGAUAGUUGGACGCGAUGAAGAAAUUGAAACAGAAAUAGGUAAAGAAGAGAUACUCAAUUGCACAGGUUUCUUGGGUUACGAUAUGCAAGAAGAUGCCAGCCUCUACUGGUUGAUUAAUGAAACAUUUCCAGAAAAAUGCUCAGAUAUCCCCAAGAAUGACCCUUUGAUAUGCGAAGAAGAGUUCAAAAAACUACAUUUGGGAAACAAGUUUUACGUCACAAGGCUACUACGGAUUAAAAAAGUAAGAGAUGAGGACUUGCAUCACAAUUUCACCUGUAAGCUGCAAGCUGAUGAAGCAGUGCAAAUAAAAAUAGUGAAAUUGAAGAAAGGAAACACCCGAGAUCUGCCAGUGCACCUAUUUACAACUGGAAUGAUUCUUGCUGUACUACUUCCAUGUGUUGUAAUAGCCAUGACAGUUGUCUGUGUGAUGUUCAGAGUAGACUUAGUUCUAUUUUACAGGAACAUAUGCAGAAGAGAUGACACUGCUGGAGAUGGAAAAGAAUAUGAUGCUUUUGUGUCUUAUCUGAAAGACUGUGCUUCUACUAGUGAAGAAGAGAGAGAAUUUGCUUUGAAGAUAUUACCAAUGAUACUAGAAGAAAAUUUUGGGUACAAGUUAUGUAUAUUUGAGAGAGAUGUCUCUCCUGGAGGAGCUGUUGUUGAUGAUAUCCAUUCAUUCAUUGAUAAAAGUCGAAGAUUAAUCAUUGUACUGAGCCAAAACUACAUUUCUGACACAGCCAUAUAUGAACUUGAGAGUGGACUACAUAAAGCACUAGUUGAAAGGAAAACUAAGAUCAUAUUAAUUGAAUAUAUGCCUAUAAGUGACUACAAUUUCUUGCCAGAAUCACUGUCUCUUUUACCAUCAAAGAGGGUUGUGAAGUGGAAAAAGGAUAAAUCUCUUCCCGUGAAUUCCAGGUUUUGGAAGAACCUUCGGUACCUGAUGCCAGCGAAACCUACCAAGUCAAACACCAAAGGGCACUGUAACAAUCUAGAUCUAGGCUCAGAAGGGACUCAACCAUGGACUGGGGGCUGUGACUGUAAUGCAGUCAUAUAGCAAUUAUGGAGACGGAAGAUGCUGCAGAAAAUUGUCAGUUUUGCUAAAUUCAAAUAGAAAACACAAACUGUGCUUAUUUUUGGGAGACAGUGCUCAUAAGAGGCCAAGUCUGAGAUAUAAGAAGAAUAUAAGAAAUGUCACAGUGGCUAAGAUGUUGUUAAUUCCAGUGCUAAAUGCUAUUCCAGAGACAGUUUCCUCAGUAGUCUACACAAGGAGCUGAACUCUGAUUCUGCAUAGGUCUUAACACCUGGCACCAAGAACAACACAUAAUCUUUUGGUUUCACAUUUUCCUUCUUGCAGAAUGACGUUAGUUAUACUUGCAUACUUCCUGAGACCCCUCAAUGAAUUUAUCAGUAUUUACAAAGUAUUAUGAUUUAGAUGCUCUCAGUUUUGUGUUUUGGUAUUUCCUAAGAAUCCUGCUUGGGUUCUGACCCAAAUGGCUCCUGCCCUAGGGAGCUUGGCAUAUAGGGUUUAGGCAACAUUGAGCAGAAAAGUCAAGUGAAAAGGGAGGCAAGGAAGGAUAGAAGGAAUCAGACGUUUAGUCAGGCUAACUGCAUUCACUCCUGAGUUGUGUGUGGUCUAGACAAGCUAAGUGGCAGUGAUUUGGAGGAAUGGUAAAGUCUGCUUUCAUCCUCUAAUUUAGCUGAGAAUACUGUAAAUUGUCAUUUUGGCAGAGAGAAGAGAGGAAUGGGAUAGAGCUAAUAGUACUUUGUCCAUGGACACCAAUAUCUACAUCAUAUCCUGAGCUACCUUCAGCUGAGAGCUGCAGAGGAUUUAUGCAAAAAUGAGCUCUUCAGUAUACAUACAUCUAUUCCUAACCCUUUAGAACAUUAGUACCUAGCAUUAUUUUCAAUAAUAAACCUAGCAAUGCCAUUCAAAAUCAUGAUCAUACUCUGUCACUAUUAGCUGCCUGGCAGAAGAUGACAAUCGGACAUAUAAGUUCCUGGAAACAAUGGAACUCUAUUUCCUCCUAAUACCAAUAGGGAACAAGUAUUGGAAAAUUAUUUUGGAAGAACUUCAGUCACUUUGCUAGGAGACCAUCAAGGCUCAUCCCACUCUCAUCACUGUCUUGUAUUCAACUAAUGCUAGUUCUGAGGAGAUAUAUCUUUGAUACUGACACUUAAUUCAUGCAGCUCUGUUAUCUUCUUGGUGCUCUUGAGAAUACAGUUGUAGUGAUGGAUGUUCCAACUGUCUCAGGAUUUAUGAGAAUGAAAUACCUUGUUGUUUUUCAAAUAUCCCCUAAUCACACAAAUGAGAAGGAAUAGAGGAAUAAGACAAGCAUUUUUGGUGUCCUUCAUAUCAGCUCCAAGAGGUCUCCCUAUUUCUGUCAUGCAACUAAAGAGCUGUCAAGCUGUGGUACUUAGGCAAAAGCCUUCCUCUGCCUUAAGCUUUUACCAAAGAGGGUUUCUACUGUGUAGAUAAGUGUGCCUUUAUAUUUCUAAAUCUUUCUCAAAGUUCAGUUCUUUUCCACCAGUGUUUCCUGUUUUAACAUUUAAUAUGUUUCCUUUUUAACAUUUUUCAGCAGGACUAAUGAUUGCCCCUACUUCAGAAAUGCCAGUGGUUGUACUGUGCAUUUCCAUUCCUUGGCCAUAAAACUAACAGAAAUGGUGGUAACCUUCCUGGUACUUAACCAAUAUGUUACAUUUGCUCCUCAGCCACAUUGUUUUUCAUAUGUUGUCAUCAACACAUUGCCUAACAACAUAAAUUGUCAAAUGUGAAUAUGAAGAGUGCACAGAGUUUAUUUAAAGCUCUGGACUGAGCCUGCCCUCUAAGAGAAUCAGCUAUUAUAAAGCAAGACUGGAUUUUCUGUGAACUCCCCCACCUCAGCUUGGAGAGGUGAUAUAGCUAAUACUCAUCUGCCCAUGCCUUGAUAAAAGGAGACAAAGGAAAUUAAGUCUAUGUUAAUGCCAGAUGUUGUUCUUAGUGCUCUUAUAUCCAGAAUUACUGACUUUAACCAGGGCUUGGAAAUACCUGCUUUCUGUUUGCCAAUCUCUAGAGAAAAGAAGCUGCUAAUGUGACUUUUAUAGACUGUAGUUGUGCUGAUUUGCCUAAUCAUGUAUAUGUCAAUUUACAAGUGACUUCACAUGAUAGUUGGUUGGAAGUAAUGGGUCAUUUCAGUGAUUUCUGUAGCAUUUCUGUUACAUUUUUUGCUCUUAAUAAAACUUUAUUUCCCCCUCCACGCAACAGUGGCUUCUGUUUUUGCUGCCGUUAGACAGCAGUAAGUGUCAAAAAUUGUACUUCUAGUAAGAAAAAUAAUGCAAGAAGCAAAAAUAUGGCUAGACCUGCUCUCCAUGAGCAAAAAAUAUCUCUUUUGUACUGUAAAAAAAUAAAAAUAAAAAUAAAAAUUAAAAAAAAAACAAACCUAAUCCAACCAAGUUUUUGGAAUAAUUAAUUUCCUAAAGAAGGAUGCAGAUGGGAUCAGUAAUGGGAGAUCUAUUGUAAGACAACAGUCUUGAAGAUUCUUGUCUUUCUUGUGCAUACUACAAC